GGGUGGUGGUACACACAGAUCAGGACAGGCUGCGUUUGGUAACAUGUGUCGUGGUGGUCGCAUGUAUGCACCAACCAAAACAUGGAGACGUUGGCACAGAAGGUGUAACAUCAACCAACGUCGGUUUGCCGUCUGUUCUGCUCUUGCUGCAUCUUCUUUGCCUGCUUUGGUCAUGUCUAAAGGUCACAAGAUCGACCAAACACCAGAAAUUCCUCUAGUUGUGGAAGACAAAGUCCAACAGUUCAAGAAGACAAAGGAUGCAGUUGUGCUUUUAAAGAAACUGAAGGCUUGGGAUGACAUCAAAAAGGUGAUGAAAUCACGAAAGAUCCGUGCUGGUAAAGGUAAGAUGAGGAAUCGUCGUCACACAAUGAAGCGUGGUCCUUGUAUCAUCUAUGAUAAGGAUGAAGGAAUCUCAAAAGCUUUCAGGAACAUCCCAGGAAUCACACUGAUCAGUGUUGAUCGACUGAAUUUGUUGAAGAUUGCUCCUGGUGGCCACGUUGGACGAUUCUUGAUCUGGACGCAGAGUGCUCUCAAGCGUUUGGAUGGUAUCUAUGGGACUUGGAGAAAGCCUGCUGUCGAAAAGUCUGCAUACAAUCUCCCAAUGCCAAAGAUGACCUGCACUGACCUGAGCAAGAUUCUUCAAUCUACUGAAGUCAAAUCUGCCCUGCGUGCGCCCAAGAAGGGAAUUGCAAGGCGCUCUCAGAAGAAGAAUCCUCUGAAGAACAUUCGCGCAAUGUUGAAGCUCAACCCUGCAGCUGCUUCUGCCAAGAGGUCCGCUAUAUUGCUGCAAGAGCGACGCGUUCGGGAAAAGGCAGAGCUCAAAGCUAAAAAGGCUAAAGCAUAAAAUUUGUACUGACUUAUUGAAUAAAAGUACAGACACAAACCGA